CUGCUUAUAGUAAAUGAGGCAAGUGUGUAUUUUAGGGCAUGAGAAAAUUAUUUUUUAUAGCUUUUUUUAUUCCGUUCCUGAUACAUGAUGAACUUGCGUGUCUCUGUUGUUCUUCUUUUCGUUUUUCUCACCGGAGGACACUCUCUGAAGUGUUACACGUGCUUCCCUGCUCUGGGAGGUGCCUGUGAAGCAAAAGUGGAGACAUGUAAAGGUGGAUUUUGUCAAAGCAUAACAACAGAACAAACAACUGGUUCCAGUAAGAUGUCGAUCACAGUUAAAGGGUGUGCAGCUACAUGUGAAGCUGGGACCCAGCAGCUCCCGACCGGGACAGUAACUACCCGCUGCUGUGACACUGACCUCUGCAACGCAGCAGAUGGCGUGUAUAAGGGAAGCUUCCUCUUGCUGUCGUCUCCUCUUCUCUUCUACUUCCUGUUUCAGUGAGUCCUGCCGUACCGCAGACUCCACAUCAACCACGGCAAAAACAGAACAGGAUGCACGAUUUUAUGUAAUGGUAUGCUUUACUGAAUAAAGCUUGUU